AUGACGACGGCGCUCACGGUAGAUCGUGAGGGGAAGCCCAUCGCUGAUGAAGCAUCUGCCAAUAUGGAUCCUGCUAGCUUCUUCGCCAUGGGCGCAGGACAUGUCGAUCCAUCCAAAGCCAGCGAUCCGGGAUUGAUCUAUGACAUCAAGCCGGAGGAGUACAUUGGCUACCUUUGUGGCGGCUUGAGGUACUCCGAAUUCGAGGUUUUUCAGGUCGUCGGACGUCAAAACCAGUGUUCUUCUGUCAAACAUAUCGCAGCGGACCAGCUAAAUUUGCCAUCCAUUUCGGUGAACCUUGGACCUGGAGUGACUUCAUCGAAGAUCAGAACCAUAAGUCGGACUGUGACUAACGUAGGGGAGGCCAACUCAGUUUUCUCGGUGAAGGUUGAUGAACCAGAAGGUGUGAGUGUGAAAGUAACUCCUCAGAUGCUUCGGUUCUCUGGUCUCAAUGAAGAGAAGAGCUAUACCGUCGAGUUGAGCACCGACGGAAAGCCUCCAGGCAAGUACUCGGAAGGGCAACUCCGUUGGAUUUCUAGCAAGCACGUCGUCAGGAGUCCCAUCUCUGUCACGUUUUAA